AGCACCGAAAGCAAAAGCGACCAUUUCCUUCGCAGGAGUUCCUGUUUCCUGCGCUUGUUGGCGGCGCUUUCAACUUUCACCCUUUAGAUGAGGCUGGAAAGUAGCAAUGGGAUAAUGCUUUAAGGACCACAUACUCCCAUCUGAAUCUUCCCAGCUACUCCAAACAUCUUCAAAUGUCCUGCUUUUGAAGCUAGAAGAGUGGCAACCCAAGAAAGGGUCUUGUCUGUCAUGGUUCCUCUGGAAGAUUUGUCUGUUUUCCUCUGCCAUUGUCUUCCACCAGCAAUGCUUGAACUGAUUGGAAGUACAGAUCUAUUCAGAGGUGUAAAGAGUCUAAUUGAUAAUGGCUGUGAGAGGGCUGAUGAAUAUAAACAACAUGCUCAUUUCCAAUGUGAACAAGUCCUGGAUUAUCAAAUUGACCACAGAGAUAGAAUUCAGAGGAGCAUCAACUAGGUUUUUUUGUCUUAAGCUUGGAAGGUCCAAUGUAUUAGACAAUGAAAACAACAUUUUAGUGAGCAAUCUGAAAGCUUUGGGUGUGGAUGUUGAACUGGUAAGACAAAGACAACCUGGUGUUCUGAGGAAGCAAAUUACAAAUGAAGAAGGCUUGAAGAGAUUUUUGCAAGCCAAAGGAGCUAACAAAGAAACUAUUGCAAGUGUUAUUUCACGGUACCCACGUGCCAUUACACGCUCAUACCAGUCGCUCAAAGAACGCUGGGAAAUUUGGCGAAGUAUUUUGAUGACCGACUUGGACAUUUUAGCCAUCCUGAAACGUUCCCCAGAAUCCUUUUUUCGUUCAGGAAAUAAUGAAAACAUGCAGAAAAAUAUAAUAUUUUUUUGUUCACUUGGACUAACGUCCAAUGAUCUUUGCAGGAUGCUUACCAGAACUCCGAGAGUAUUUUCUAACAGCAUGGAGCUCAAUAAGCAAAUGGUAGAGCUCUUGUGUGAAAUCUGUUUAUCUCUAGAAUGUGAGAGUCCAGAUGACUUUGUUAAGAAGUUGAUAUCUAAAAAUGUUUUCAUUCUCUUAAGAAGCCGCAAGCAAGUGAAGGCCAAUGUUCAUCUUCUGCAGACAUCUUUUAAUUUGGACAAUAAGGAAUUACUGUUGUUGCUUCAUGGUCAAGGAGGUGAUAUUCUAGAUCUAUCUAAUGAAUACCUUAAAAAAACUCUUGCAAACGUGAAAGAGAAAUUGUUAUCUUGUGGAUGUACUGAAAAGGAAGUGGAUAUUUUUAUUCUGAAGCACCUUCGCAUUCUUUACCUUUCUCCCCAGAACCUGAAUGAUAAAAUAGAUUUCCUCUCACAGGCAAAUAUUGACAUUCGUCAAAUACUGAAAUGCCCUCUAGUGCUAGACAAAAGUAUCAGCACCCUGAGUCAUCGAAUUGAGGAGCUGGAGAAAUUAGAUUAUAAUUUUACAGCCCAUGGAAUUGCAAUUCUUUCAUUGAGUCAACAACGGUUUGCACUUAAACUGGAAAAGUCAGGUUGUACAUAAGACUGGCUAAAUAAUGUCACAGCAAAAAGGAGCCAAACAUUUGGUAGGGAAGGGCAAAUAACUUUACAAAUGUUUACAAACACAUCACCUGCAUCUUACAACUUUACAAAUACAUCUUUACAACUUUACAAAUACAUCACCUGCAUCCA